CCUACACACCCUAUCACACAAAUACACACACAUUAUACAUACAAUACAUAUAGACAUACAACAAUUAUAUAUAUUAAAUAUAAUCCAUUCUACCUCAAAAUUCUUGUCAAAGAAAAAAUGGGAAAUGGAGGCCAUGAAAACCAUGGGAGUAUGAAGGUGCAAGUUCCUGCAACAAAGCCAUUUCUUGAAUCCCUAACCUCAUCUCUCAAGGAGACAUUCUUCCCUGAUGAUCCCUUCAACCAAUUCAAGAAUCAAUCAGCAUCAAGGAAGUUUGUCCUUUUCUUACAGUACUUUGUGCCGAUACUCGAAUGGGCGCCGCGCUACACUUUCGACCUCUUCAAAGCCGACUUCAUAGCCGGAAUCACCAUUGCCAGCCUUGCGGUGCCUCAGGGCAUCAGCUACGCCGGCUUGGCCAGCUUGCCUCCUGUCAUCGGCCUCUACUCAAGCUUUGUGCCACCAUUUGUGUACGCAAUGUUGGGGAGUUCGAAGGAUUUAGCCGUCGGGACAGUGGCCGUUCCGUCGCUUCUGAUAACGUCAAUGCUGGGGAAGGAGGUCAGCCCUCAUCAGGACACUAAGCUGUAUGUGCAGCUGGUUCUUACAGCAACUUUCUUUGCCGGUGUCUUCCAGGCUGCUUUAGGCUUUUUAAGGCUCGGUUUCAUUGUCGACUUUCUGUCCCAUGCAACCAUCGUCGGGUUUAUGGGAGGCGCCGCCACGGUGGUUUGUUUGCAGCAACUUAAGGGCAUUCUUGGACUGGUGCAUUUCACUCACAAGGCUGACCUGGUUUCGGCUAUGAAAUCGAUAUUUACCCAAAUGCAUAUGUGGAGAUGGGAAAGUGUGGUACUGGGCUGUGGUUUCCUCUUCUUUCUCCUCAUUACCAAAUACUACAGCAGGAAAAAACCAGUAUUCUUCUGGGCUAAUGCAUUGGCUCCUCUCGUAUCCGUUAUCUUCGGAAGCAUUCUUGUUUAUCUAACGCACGCCGACAGACACGGCAUCGAAAUCAUUGGGCACCUUAAGAAAGGUCUGAAUCCCCCAUCAAUAAUGGAGCUCGAGUCGACAUUUAAAUCAGCUCAUCUCUCGAUAGCCAUCAAGACAGGGCUCAUCACCGGCCUCAUCGCUCUCGCUGAGGGGAUAGCUGUAGGAAGAAGCUUUGCCGUGUUCAAAAAUUACCACAUAGACGGAAACAAAGAGAUGAUAGCUAUAGGAAUGAUGAACAUAGCAGGUUCUUGCACGUCUUGUUACCUAACCACAGGGCCAUUCUCGAGGACGGCGGUGAACUUCAACGCAGGAUGCAAGACGGCAGUUUCUAACAUUGUAAUGGCGACGGCAGUGAUGAUAACCUUGCUGUUCCUUACGCCUUUAUUCCAUUACACGCCCCUCGUCGUCCUGUCUGCUAUUAUCAUGACUGCCAUGAUCAGCAUCAUCGACUAUAGCGCCGCUGUCCACCUUUGGACAGUCGACAAGUUCGACUUCGUUGUCUGCAUAAGUGCAUACAUAGGAGUUGUCUUUGGAAGCGUGGAGACUGGAAUAGUGGUCGCGGUGGCGUUAUCCCUUUUGCGGGUACUUUUGUUUGUGGCGAGGCCACGAACAUCAGCCAUGGGAAGUUUACCUAAUUCCGUGGCGUAUAGAAACAUCGAGCAGUACAAAAAUGCGAGUCCCAUUCCGGGAAUUCUUAUCCUACACAUCGAUGCUCCGAUCUAUUUUGCCAAUGCUAACUACUUGAGAGAAAGGAUCUUGAGAUGGAUAAAUGAAGAGGAAGAAAAACUGAAAGAGUCGACGAACAACGACUUGCAAUACAUUAUACUAGACAUGACUGCUGUGGGAAGCAUCGACACUAGUGGAAUCAGCAUGCUAGAAGAGAUCAAUAGAAUCGUCGAAAAAAGAUGCAUGAAGCUUGUGUUAGCCAACCCUGGAGCAGAAGUAAUGAAGAAACUAGACAAAUCGAACUUCCUCGGCGCAAUCGGGAAUGAAUGGAUCCACCUGACUGUUGGAGAAGCUGUAAAUGCCUGCAAGUUUACGAUGGUUCAAACAAGUGGACCAAAAACUAAGGCAGCCAUUGAAAUCGAAGCUACAGAUGAUCAUGUUUAAGCUAAAUGCAAAAUGCCCCUAAAUCGGCAUUACGUAUGUAUUUUUAUCGUCUCUCUCCGAAGGAGAAUUUUUCUUAAUUCUAAUUCCUCUGCUGAAUCUCCCAUCACAAACGGAAAACUCAAAUUCGUUGACACUAACCAAAUCAAUUUGACUGAAAACGGUAGCGAUUUUCGCGUUGGAAGAUCUGUCCGGGCAAAGAGUUCAAA